CCUGAUUCAAGAUUGCAUUCUUCAAGAUGAGCUCGCUAUAUCGUUCUGCAAUCAGUGCCCGAAUAGCAAAGUUACCGCAGCUACCACCAAGCGACGAGGAUGAUGAUGAUGAACAAUCUGAGCUUGCUGAUGAAAUCGGCGAACUCUCGACUGGCAUGGGCCCACCCCCACUACCACGGCCAAGUACAUCUACCCGGAAGCCUAAGCCGCCAAAUCCUCAUUUUGAGCCCUUGAGUUCUGCUUCAUACUUUUCACAGGCAUUGCAGGUAUCACUCCCCACCCGAGCCCUCGACGUUCGGGUAUACUACACUCCCCCGAAGUACGACGGUGGAGGUGUCAUUGUAUUACACCACGGUGCAGGAUAUGCCGGUACAAGUUUUGCAUGUCUCGCGAAAGAGAUCAGUGAGGUCAUGAGAGAUAACGUCGGUGUCCUAGCCUUUGAUGCGAGGAGGCAUGGAAAGACAACAUCAUCUCAGUCUGAUGAAGACUUAUCAAUUAAUGUCCUUGUGGAGGAUUUUUGUUCUCUGCUGCAAACGAUUUACCCCGACGUAGCAGCAGCUCCAACUCUAAUGCUUGUUGGACACAGCAUGGGAGGUUCCGUAUGCGUUCGCGCUUGCUCCAUACUUCAGCAACAAAAAUAUAAUAUCGCAGGAGUCGCCGUUUUAGAUGUAGUAGAAGGCACAGCAGUAGAAGCGCUGCCUCACAUGCACGCGAUUCUCAACUCUCGACCCGAGGGUUUCGACAGCGUCGAGGAAGCAAUCGAGUGGCACGUCAAUACGGGCCUUAUCCAUAACCCCACUUCUGCCCGUGUCUCAAUUCCAUCUAUUGUUGUUCCCGCCGACUCCCCUCUUACGCCCAGCACGCGCGCAAAUAGCGGGUUCAAAUACAAGUGGCGUACGCCACUCCGGUCGACGGCACCAUACUGGGACAGCUGGUUCCCGUCGCUUUCGUCUUUAUUCCUCGGUCUCCGCUCCGCACGGCUCUUAGUAUUAGCAGGCGCGGAACGCCUUGAUACGACUCUUAUGGUUGGCCAAAUGCAGGGCAAAUUCUGGCUUGAAGUUAUGGCUAGUUCGGGUGUGGGACAUCUUGUCCAUGAGGACGAUCCAACGAAGCUGGCGGAGAUUCUGGCAGAUUUUUGGAAGCGCAAUGAACGUGUUGUGGUUCGAGGGAACGUUAUCAAGAGGGUCGGGGAGGUUUAAAGAGUUUGAUUGGUUGCGCCCUGUUGUUAUAUUGGUUAACCAUUUACUCCGAGAUCAUCAUCAUCAUUAUGCUCGACAAGCUGAAUUGGAAAGCAAGUAGUAGCAGUCUCGGUUCACAAGACCUAAUGGAGCUUUGAAGAUGGAUAGCUGUUAAAACCUGUUUCAUUUAUCUUAGUAUUCUUUAGGAAGACCACGGUCAUCGAAACAAGACAGCCGUUCCUUCUUUAUUCUGAUUCUAUCAGCGCUUUAUUUUCCACAAAGUGGCUUCGAAAACUAGAAGCAAAGAACUAUGACUUAGAAUUCAU